AUGUUGUCUCGAUCAAGACAGAAAGGCCUGUGUCAUUCCUGUCGACAAGAUAUACAGAUUCUACUCGAAAGAGGCUUCUGCGGGCCCGCGGUCGCCGUCAGGAAUCGCCAUGUGCCGGUCUCAUGGCGGCAAAUACCCAAACCUCGAUUCCAGUUGAGGUCCUUUUCCGAGUCCUCCAAGCUCUUCCAGCAGAGCGUUACGAACCCUCACGAUCGAAAUACAGAGGACAACGAUCGUCCUGACGCUGUGGAUUUCUCUCGAGAUCAGAUUGAGGGCCUGCAUGAGUUAGGGAGUGAAGUGGACCAACAUGUUGAGGAGGCCAUUGAGGAGAACAAUGCACUGGCCCAAGGCCUGAGAGACUUAUCUCUACAUAUGAGGUCAGUCAGCGAUGAUAUUUCAAGAAGAGUGGUACCUGGCACAAGAGAUGUAUUAUCCGAACUAAGAAGCGACGGCGCUGCACCGGAAGAGGUGGUUCGAGAAGCAAGAAAGAAAUAUGGUGACACAUUGCCUGAUGCUGCUUUGAAUGAUGGAGAGCUCAAAAUAUACAAGCGUCUUUACGGCGAGCCUACCUCAAUGUCGUAUGAAGAGUUGUUGGACGAAGACGAAGCCGUUGAGGUGGAUGGUGGGCAAGCAACGCAACUGUACGAUCAGGAGGGAGAGGUUGUGGACUACGAAAGCUUUACAAAUGACCCUAUGACCAACGACGCUAUACAUGGAGACACACCUUCUAGGCCACCCCGGCCUGCGCAGGAAGGUCUUGCAUUCCCCGACAACGGCGUCGUGACAUCGAGCUUGUUAACGUCUCCUAACGAGAGGGCCAUGGAGGUUGCUCGAUCACUGAAUGCUGAAUUGGUCAAUGAAACGGUCGAAGAAGAGUUUUUCGACGAUGAUUCCGCUAGAAUGCAUCCUUUCACUCGCCUGGGGAAAUUCGCCACGGAUUCUGGCAACGUUCAACUACCUCAUGAAGAAUUUGUCCGACCGGUGAACAGGUUAAUGAGCAAUUUCUCCAACAAACAUCUCAAGGAGAUAUGUGAAAAGACGUUUGGAGGUCCUGGCCUACCGGACUCACCAUUGACACCACGAUCAGGCCGUUCGAGGGCACAGAUUUCCAUUCCGAUUGAUGCUUCUCAGCAGAGCAUGGGAGAGAUGGAAGCAAACGCCUUCUUAACCACCGUCAUGCCUCCUACAUACGCGUCCAUCAUGUCAGUGCUCGUCGAAACUCGCAAGCGACUAGGAUCAACCUGGCUGAACAACCUCCUUGCCAAAGAAGGUGGCCCUCGAAUUCUGGACGCUGGUGCCGGUGGUGCUGGCAUCAUUGCUUGGCGGGAACUAGUACAGGCUCAUUGGGAUGUGAUGCAUGAUUCUGAUCGCAGCCCGCCCCCUCCGCCGGAAUCCAAGUCGGUUGUGCUGACGGGUUCCGAUACCCUUCGCCACAGAGCUGCCGCCUUGUUGGAAAACACCACGUUUGUACCACGACUACCAAACUACAUCUACACCCGUGAUACACCUACUUUGGAAGAUGAUCGUCCGGCGCAGCAACGGAAGCAGUUCGAUGUCGUCAUCGCCACACAUUCGCUCUUUGGAUUACAAGAAGACUACAUGAAAAAGCAGCAAGUUGAAAAUCUGUGGUCGAUGACCAACCGUGAGGGCGGGGUGCUGAUCUUGAUUGAAAAAGGUGUUCCUCGUGGAUUUGAAGCCAUUGCUGGUGCUCGGGAGCUUCUUUUGGAAAGACACAUCGCUGUUCCUGAAGGGAAGAAGACCGCAUACAGCGAUGAACAUUUAAGUGAUGAUGCGCACAUUCAAGAGCCCGGCAUGAUCAUCGCACCUUGCACGAACCACGAAAAAUGUCCCAUGUAUCGCGUCCAAGGACUUUCUCAAGGACGAAAAGACUUUUGCAGUUUUCAGCAGAGAUAUAUCCGGCCAAACUAUUUACAACGUGUGCUUGGGGCGCGAGAUCGCAACCACGACGAUGUGGAUUUCUCGUAUCUUUCUGUCUUGAGAGGCGAUGAUCUUCGCCGACGACAAGUUGACUCUUGGCAAGGCAUCGCAGAUGGACUUUCGGCACCUAGUCAUCCUGACCCGAAGACCUUGGGAGAAGAUCAUAAGACGUGGAUGCAACUGUGUCAAUCAGGCUUCGAGGAUAUCAAUCCCAGCACGGUAUUGACGCAGUCGAACCCAUUUACCGAUGGCAAAGAGCGAUCAUCACUUCCUGCUACUUGGAAUCUCCCACGUCUCGUGUUUCCGCCGAUGAAGCGACGCGGUCAUAUCAUCAUGGAUGUUUGUACACCGGCGGGUCAGAUUGAGAGAUGGACUGUGCCACGAUCAUUUAGCAAACAAGCAUAUCGUGAUGCACGAAAAUCACGAUGGGGUGAUCUGUGGGCGCUGGGAGCAAAGACACGCAUCUCAAGGAGUUUGCGUCUCGGCGGUCCAGACUCCAAAGAAGCGAGACGUGCUCGCAACCGUAACCAGCGUCUGCAGGAUCAAGCAGAGGAGCUGAUGGAGAAAAUGGAACAGGAAAAGAUGGCAGAGAUGCAAGAAGAGGAAGAGUUCGCUAGCGUGUUUGAGGAAGACCUUGUUGAGGAUAUCGAGUUGCCAAUAGCUCGCACAGCCAAGACGCGCACGAGUAAACCUUCCACUGCCGGCUCCGUAGAGACGUUCUCCUUCGACGAUAUCAACGAAGGCGGCGAGAACCAUGUUAGGCCUCCUCAAACACACGCCGCAAGGAAGGCAGCAUCGAAGGCUCCGUCCAGCAAAAAUGUGGAGGAAAAACCAGAGAUCAGCGAAGAUGAUGAUCUAAGUGACGAUGACUGGGAGACUCUGGAACAGUGGGAGAAGGAGCUUUCGUCUGUGCAUUCGCAGGGACGGAAGUCCAAGCGUCUGCGCACCUAUUCUAAGUUCGCACCUCCAGGACAGAAGGAUCGAGUUAGAAAAGAUGGAAAGAUUCGUCGCGCUGGAGGAGCAGCAAUAGGAAGAUAGAUAGCCUUUGCUUCUACGUGAGUUUGUGCGGGAUUUGGUCUUGUGGUAGUAAUAGGCUUGAAGCGGGUGGAUACAUAAUGAAGAGGAUGUGCGAGAUGUAUAACAUUGUACAAUAUGGGAAACUUGAUAGUC